CAGUUGAAUCCUCACAGGAGCGUUUAGAUGAGUGUUGAUGGAUUGAGCUCAGCUGAAGUUUUUAUAAAGAAAACUCUGUAGCGCAUAUCGAGGCCAGGGUGGUUGCUGAGGAUGGGGCUUUGGUUUGUGAUGCUGUGGGUGUUGAUCGUGCAGUAUGGUGAGGUGGAUGCUUUCUUUGACUGGCUGAAGAAGUCUGCACCCGCUCCUGCUCCUCCACAGGAAUCUAUCGUCCCAAUUCUGCUCCAUGGAGAGAGCCCCGCCUUUGAAAUUAGUGUUGUUGACGAGAAGUUUUUGGCUGAAGCAAAGCAGAUGGAGCUCAGUCCUCUGGACAGCUGCCAUUUCCAAGUUGUUGCUCAGCUCAAAGCUACUUGCAGCGGCCUGUCAGAGGAGCAGCUGGCCAAACUGGGCGUGGCUUUGUUCAACUGCCAAUCAGAGGUGGAGGGCCGCAGGACUUACCCCUGUACUGAAGAAAUGUCUAUAAAAGAGUGCACAGCGGACAUGGACUCAGACACGUGGAAUGCAUAUCACAUUGUCAGCAACCGAGCGCGAUCCGUGUGUUACGUCACGCGCCAGCAGCACUUCCGCAAGCGAGCCGAGCUAACCGUCAACGCCCUGAUCUCCACCGCAACUAGCCAGCUGGAUGCCAUGAAAGACCUAAAGGAGGGUCAGACAGAGCUGAGGGAGAUGACCGCUGUGUCGCUGGACAAGCUGCUGGAGGGUCACAGUGCACUGCAGCUCCAGCAGUGGGCUCUGAAGGAAGGGCAGGAGCAGCUGGAUGCCUCCAUCAGUGAAAACCUGCAGAGACUGGCGCAGGAGAAAGCUCUCAUCAGUACCGGCCAGCAACUGGUGGCUCAGUUAAUUCAGGGCAUUACACAGAGAAUGGAGAACGUAAGUGGGCAGCUGAAGGGUCAGAGUGCAGAAGUGCAGGAGGGACAUCAGGCGAUUCUUGAUGACCUGGCUGUGGUCCGAGGAAGUGCUCAGGACAUCUACGAAAAAAUGGAGCUCAAUCUGAACGGCUUCCUGCAGCAGCAGAACACCACGGCUCGGUUCUACUCUGAGCUCAUGAGCACGCUGGAGCGCAUGAACGGGACUCUGGGAUACAUGCUGACGUAUCUGGACAAUAUGCAGAAUCGCCUGGAGGACAGGCUGCAGAUGAUCCAAGGCUAUCUUGGCUGGGCAGGCCUGAGCCUCCGAGCUCUGUGGACGUGUGUGAUGCAUGCUGGUUACUUCCUGUUGUCUGCGGUGCUGCUGUCGUUCCUGCAGUGUGCCACGUUCUCCCGCGUCUCUCUGCUCCUCAUGGUGCCAAUCAAUGCGAUCGCAGAGAUCAACCAGCAGUCUGCGCUCGACUUGGUCUCGCUCACUUUGCUGCUGUUCACACUUUCGCUAGGCCGCUGGUUUGUCCUGCAGGUGCUUUGGGCGUUAUCUAAAAUGAAGGGCCAGACCUGCAGCGCCGCUCCUCUCUCUAUAGGUCCUCCUAAAGAGAAGACACCAGAAAAACCGACCCAAACAACUGAGCGCUGCCAUGCGGAGUGCUCCUCCACUCCUGUCCCGAAUGACCCAGUCUGUGAUUUGGAGGUGGAGAGCUUCAUGAUGGGUGAUCCGUACAUACUGUCCAUGUCCCCAUCUCGGUCUCAUGGUCCACCAAAGUUCAGUCAUCUAAUUUCAGGCAAACCCAACCACUCAACCCCCAGACUCAAGAUUCGCCACAGCAUUGGAGCAGCAGUGCUGGAGAAUGUUCCUCGGAGGAACCUAGGAGGUGUGUUGGAGACCGUGAACCACUCCCGAAGCGCAAGCCCCAACCAUUCACUCGCCAGCAACCGUUCUUUUUCAGGUUGCCCGCUGUGCAGCGGUAUCACUCGGCUGGGUCAGCCAUGCCGAAAGAGGGCUCUGGUGGGUCAGGACUACUGUAGACUACAUGAGGGUGGGCACACUUCCUACAGUCGACUCUGAAAUGGAUUCAGCAUCACUUGUCUUUUAUUAGACUUCAUUUCUGUUUGCAGAAUAUACAUUGAAUGCUAGAGCACUUUUCUCUUUUUAACUAUUUACUCACGGUAGCUUGUCUUUUUGGUCAUAGUGGGUUUUAUUUCAUGUUUGUUGUGCCACUUAUGGAUGUAUUCUGCAUUAUUUAUAAUAAAUUAUGAAAAGUGAGGUUUAAGAUGCACGCUUUUAAAUUUGCAAGUACUUAUGGAUUUAUCCAUGCUGUCUGCAAAUGCAUUCUUACAAACAUUUAUUAAAGUAUUUUUGGAAGAAAAUGAUCUAGUAAAUGAAGCGUGUGUCUUUAGAGUGCAUUUGUCUGUCAAGUUAAUGAUUGAGAUGG